AUGCACGAGUAUUAUCUCUCUGAAGAUGAAGACAUUCCAAAUCCUAAGCUGGACCAGCAGAGGGAUUUUGUUCUGUAUCGCUUGAGGAAAAAUGCAGAUAAGAACGUAACUUCAAUAUGUGCUGUAGCUGAACCUGCAUAUGCUGAAUGGCUUGGGAUUUCGGAGGAGGAAUGUCCUCAGCCAGAAGAACUGGAAUUAGUCUUUCCUGCACUUCAGCUACAGGAUAACGUCUCGGAGGAGAUGGAGUUUGAGAUUUUUAGCAAGAAAUGA